AUGUUAGAAUAUGAAUGCGACACUAGGCUAGGUUCAAAACGACCCUUGAGUGAAGAUGCCUCAGUAGCUGCAACGUUAACUUCAAAGAGGGCAAAUGAAACUCCGACAAGGAAUAGAGAAUUAACAACUGUACUGGUUGAAAACUUACCCAAGAGCUAUAACCAAAGCAAAGUUCAGAAGUACUUUAAAGAUUGUGGCCCUAUUAUACAAGUGGAUGUGGCAGAUUCGCUGAAGAAGAGUUUUCGCUUUGCACGUGUUGAAUUUGCUAGAUAUGAUGGAGCUCUCGCUGCAUUGACCAAGACGUAUAAAGUUGUUGGCCAGAAUAAAAUAUCAGUCUCUCAUUUGAUAGACUGCACGUUAUGGAUGACCAAUUUCCCGCCAAACUACACUCAGCGAGAUAUAAGGGCUCUAUUUCAGAGCAUUAAUAUAGUUAUUUUGAGUAUACGGCUACCCAGUUUACGAUUCAAUACAAGCAGAAGAUUUGCUUAUAUCGACGUUACUUCAAAAGAGGACGCAAAUACCUGCGUGAAAAAAUUGAAUGAACUUGAAAUAGAAGGCUAUACAUUGGUUACUAAAAUCUCUAAUCCCCUCGAAAAGUCAAAACGAACCGAUUCUGCUACGCUGGAGGGGCGGGAGAUUAUCGUACGAAAUCUAAAUACAAAACUGCUCGACGAAAAUGUUCUUAGGGACUCAUUCGAGCAAUUUGGUUCCAUUGAAAAAAUCAACAUUCCUGCUGGACAGAAAGAGCACAGCUUCAACAAUUGUUGUGCAUUCAUAUAUUUUGAAAGCAAAGACUCCGCUGAAAAGGCUCUCCAGAUGAAUAGGACUUUGCUGCACGAUAGGGAGAUUUCUGUUAGCCUGGCGGACAAAAAACCAUUUUUAAAAAGAAAUGAAGUCAAAAGGCUUCUUACAUCACGCAACAGUAAAGAACUAGGAUCGCUAGCAUGUUUAUUUCCUCUUUCAGAUAAGGUUUCGCCCAGCCAAAUAGAAAAGUUUCUUCAAGAAGAGAUACACGUUGACAAAAAUCAAGUUGAGAAGGUGCUUCUCGUUGGCGAUUUUAAUGGCGCCAUCGUUGUAUUUAGGGAUGAGAAGUUAGCAGCAAAGAUACCAAUGAUAAUAAAUGGAUCUCAAUUCCAAGGAAAAGUUAUACGAUCAGGCACUAUUAAUGAUAUGAGAAAAUACUAUAACAACCAACAGAAUCAUAACGUAAGGAGGGCGAAACCUAGCUAUACACACAUGACACAGAAGACCGCAGUUAAUGAAAUGAAGAGUAAUUUACCAAAUAAGCAAGAGCAAAUGUCCAACGACGACUUUCGCAGGAUGUUUUUAGGAAAAUAA